GCAGCUCAGUUUAAUAGGAGUCGCACAUGAACGCGGAUGUGGGUCACUUUUAAUGCCGUCCACAAACUGGCUGGAUACGUUUAAAGCCCAUUAACUCUCCCUGUGUUGUAAUUAGAGAACCCCUGCUCACGGAUUGUGGACCAUUCCUCCGUUCCUCCACAUCCAGGCGAAGUGAGAGCGGCGCAGAGCACCAGACGGACCGGAGCGGGUUAGUGUGGGUACACGGAGGCGCGUUACACUCACGGACUCUGUACAUCGCAACUCCAACACAAAUGGAUAUUUACGUGGCUCUGUUAUCCCUUUUCUUUUUUACCUCACCAGCUUUGGCUUUCGGUUCAGAUCAAGACUACCAGAUUGACAUCAUCAAUGAACUUGACCUGGCAAAUGCCACCUAUGGAAUUACCCAAGUGGCGGGUCUUCACAACAGCAGCAAAGCCUUCCUUUUCCGAGAUGUUGGGAGAGCAGUUCACGCCCCGGCACACAUCACAGAAAAAGUGGUACAGCUGUUCAGGAGUAAAAGUGAGUUUACCUUCUUGGCCUCCAUCCAGCAGAAGUCCUCCACGUCAGGAGUCAUAUUCUCCAUCCACGAGUCAGAACACAGCUACUUUGAGCUGGAAAGCAGCGGGGUGAGAGAGGAGAUCCGCUAUCACUACCGCUUCAAAGGCAAGCCACGUUCUGAAUCCUUCCCCUACCGCCUCGCUGAUGGCCAGUGGCACAAGAUCGCCCUUACCAUCAGUGCCUCCCACCUGCUUCUGCACGUUGACUGUAACAGAAUUUAUGAGCGGGUGAUAGACCCUCCCCAGAUGGAGCUCACCCCAGGCAGUGGAGUGUGGCUUGGCCAGCAUAGCCACAGACAUGGUCUGUUUAAGGGCAUUAUUCAGGAUGUGAAGCUGAUUUUUGCUCCCAACGGCUACAUCACACAGUGUCCAAACCUUAACCGUACCUGUCCCACCUGCAGUGAUUUCCUGAGUCUGGUGCAAGGCAUCAUGGACCUUCAGGAACUACUGGCUAAGAUGACCUUGAAGCUGAACUAUGCUGAGUCUAGGCUGACCCAGCUGGAAGGAUGUCAUUGCGAGAGGACCUGCAGUGCCAACGGUCUGGUCUACCGGGAUAAGGAGCUGUGGGUAGAACCUGAGAACUGCAGGAACUGCGCAUGCAAGAACGGUGUGGUCGAGUGUCGCAGGAUUUUCUGUCCUCUGGCAAACUGCUCAGAAGACUUGUUGCCUGUACAUGUGGAUGGAAAUUGCUGCAAGACAUGCAGACCAAAAUGUACCUACAUGGAACAGACAUUUUCUGAGGGACAGCGGUUUUUGUCCAGGAGCUGCCGGGAAUGCAAGAAUGGCCUGAUGGUGAAAGUCACAGAGACCUGUCCAGAUCUAAACUGCACCCUCAGUGAACAGAUCUUACCAGAUGGCAGAUGCUGCAAUGUUUGCAGAGGUUAUGACUUCUGCGCAGAGGGACUCAUUUGUGGGGAAAACUCAGAGUGUAAAAACAGGAAUACUAAAGCAGAGUGUGAAUGCAAGAGUGGCUAUGCCUCCAUCCACGGGGAUUCUACUUACUGUGAAGAUAUUGAUGAGUGCGCGACGCAGAUGCACUACUGCCAGUCCAACACAGUGUGCGUCAACCUGCCCGGCAGCCAUCGCUGUGACUGUCUACCAGGCUUCACCAGAGUGGACGAGUACUCUUGCACCGAGCAUGACGAGUGCGCCAGCAGCCAGAAUUUGUGUGAUGAGAACGCCAUCUGCACCAACACCAUCAGGGGACAUCUGUGUACCUGCAAGCCAGGCUACGUGGGCAAUGGCACCAUCUGCAGAGCCUUCUGUGAAGAGGGAUGCCGAAGCGGCGGGACCUGUGUGUCUCCCAACACAUGUGUCUGUCCCUCGGGAUUCACAGGACACCGCUGUGAGACAGAUAUUGACGAGUGUGCAGAGGGCCUGAUUGAGUGCCACAACCACUCCCGCUGUGUCAACCUGCCUGGCUGGUACCACUGUGAAUGCAGAAGUGGUUUCCAUGACAAUGGCUCCUACCUGCUCGACGGGAGCUCCUGCAUCGACAUUGACGAGUGCAGUUUGCAGACACACACCUGCUGGAAUGACAGUGUGUGUGUGAACCUCCCGGGAGGCUAUGACUGUGUGUGCACAUCUGGUCCAGGCUGCAGUGGUGACUGCCCACAGGAAGAAGGAAUCAGGCGCAAUGGAGAAGAUUGGAAACCCAGCUUUGAUCGCUGUGCUGUAUGCUCCUGCAAGGAUGGGCAGACGUACUGCAGGCGAAGACCUUGUGACUGUGGAGACCCAGAAGAGGAUCUGUUCUGUUGUCCUGGCUGUGACAACAGGCCCAGCAGCCAGUGUCUGGAUCAGAGCGGACGCACACUUUACCGCAGCGGAGCAUCUUGGUUGUACGGCUGCCAGCAGUGCCGCUGCAUGGAGGGGGAGGUCGACUGCUGGCCUCUAGUUUGCCCCACGUUGAUGUGCGAGUACACGGCAGUAGCAGAGGGCGAAUGUUGCCCGCGCUGCGUCACAGACCCCUGCCUGGCUGACAACCUGUCGUAUGACAUUCGGCAGACAUGCAAGGACCCUGCAGGCAUCGCCCGCCUCAGCGGAGACACAUGGCAUAUGCCCAAAUCACCCUGCACCACUUGCAAGUGCAAGAAUGGAAACGUUUGCUGCUCGGUGGAUCUCGACUGCCUUCAGAACAACUAAAGCCCUCCCUCCUCCUCCUCCACGUGCCGUCCUCUUCUUCUCCUUUCACUAUGGGACUGCCACAUCCCCUCAACCAUCUGACGACCCUUCCCCUCAGACUCGCAAGACAGACUCUCGCAUGCACAUGUGCAUGCCAGUGUGUGCACAAAAAAAGAAAAUUUGCAAACACACACUGGACAGACUGGGGUGUCGCGGCUGUGCUUUUAUGCUGUACCUCUGUCGACAAACAGCGACUGAGUGUGCGUGCGUGACUCAGGAGGAGACAGAGGCCCGAGUUGCUCUCACCACAGUCGCUGUGUUGUGUUUGUGUCUCUGUGUUCGAAUCCAUCCUUUCACGAAACGUCUUGAAACCUUUUUUAAAUGUCUCAAACCCGAAACCAGAGACAAACAGCCGGACGGAUGCUGAGGGGCUCCGUCUGUCUACAUUUGCCUAAACACGGACUCUUUAAUGCUUGGUCGCCUACAGGAAACUAAACGUCCAUUACUUUGGUAACCAAAAGCAAUGUAUCCACUUUACUGUGUUUUGUGUUACUGAAUCAGGAGGUAGUUCAGUGUCAUGUUACAAUGUUAUGAUGAAGUGGGGUCAGUUUUCAUAUCAGUACCAGGUUUUUUGUGGGUAGCUUUUUUUUUUCUGUCACUGAUAUUGUCCAUAUUGUGCUAAAAACUUAGCAAUAGCUUUUGGAUGUCCUGAUUUGUGUGAAAUCCAAACAAAUUUACAACAUGUUGACCUCACGUCCUGGUGUCAGCAUGAUUUCCGUCACUGAUAUUUCCCAAAUAAUUGUGGACUACAUUCUUCUUUGACAUUACAAUAGUCAAAUCUUGAACACAUCGUAAUAUACAAACCUUCAUCUUUACAUUUUUUGAGCAGUUCUUUGGCAAAACAGGUAGAAGUAUAAACCAUGUCAGUAGUGCACAUUAGCUGUGCAUACAUCGUUAAUGUUUCAUCAAAACAUCUAGCUGGCCCUGGACCCAGAAACUGAAAUCUGCAAUAUUUGACUGUCUAGAGCAGACUGAUAAUUUCACAUUCUAAAAACCUGUCAGCUAAUCAUCUGACGUACAAUUGAGGCGUAACACCCAACGGAUAGAACUUCCUGUCUGCCUGUUUGCCAGACAUCGUUUAUGAAUACUUAAAAUACAUUAAAAAAUCAAUUAAUAAAUUUUCAGAUGAUAGUCAGUAAUUCUGAUUCUUAACUGAGAUGGAAGUAAAACCUACUAAAACAUGAUUGGUCAAAAGAACUGGUCAGAAAACCUGUCCCUUGCCUACAGACUCUGACAGGCAGAUAUCUGUUUACAGAGAUCAUGUAAUAAUUGAUAAUUCUCUGACACCAUCAGUCCCAUUUUAAAGGAUUUUCCAGAAAUAGCCAUGGCAUACAGUGCACCACCAAUAACGUUGACUCGCUUUUGAGCGUGGCUGCUUGGAACAGGUAUUUAUUACUCCUGGUAGAUGUAGAUGGAAAACAGUCCUGCUUUCAGUCAUCAAGUCCUUAAAAUGCCACAUCUAUAUUAAACCGCAUCCCCGAGGCUCUGAACUGGGACAUAGGUGUUGUCUGUCCUUCUGAGCCACUUCAGUUUUCUAACACUCCCUCAACCACAGCAUCUCGUCUUUAAAUGAGGAUGACUGCCAGAUGCCUACACUUAACAACGGCAGUCAGGGUAUGAAAAGCAUCUGAAAGGUUUGUGGCGAUGCACAGUGGAUUCCUGCAGGCCAGAACAAGCACCAGCCAUAGUUGUUGAUUAAAUCUGAGCUCGUGGAGGGUUGGACUUCUGCGGCGUCUCUCUGGGCUCCUCGGCUCUGCACCAUAUGGCACACCCAGGGUGGCAGAGACACAAAAAGUGAGCGCUGGAGAGGGAUGCGGAUAAUUAAAGCAUUGUCACGCAGCCCUGGAUUUGAUUAUGCCAGAAGGUCACCAAGUGUUGAAUCUGUUUACAGACAGCCAGGCUUAUUAAGGCAGGAGAGUCCGGUUCCUUUACUGCUACAGUUCACACAUUCAUAGCUACGAGGAUGCUCUAGUCUCCUGUUCCCCUACCCUGUCCCUCAGCCCCCAUCCACACUUGUCUCCACUGUCCUUAAGCUUGCCUCAAGAGUGUUAAUGUUGCCCCUCGAGUGUCAUUGUCAUCAGCCUAUGUCAGCCCCCCCCCCGUUGAAGAAAUUUUCAACACUAUUUUCUUUUCUUUUUUCUUUAAAUGAGGACUAAAAGCAAAUUAGGUUUCAAGGCCACGACUUAUGCUGCAGUUAUAUAACAUGAUUGUUAUAUAACUACAGAAAUCUGAUGUGACAUGUUCACCCUCUGGUCAAAUAAGAAAAAAAAUAUCAUUAGGUAAACCUUUGUUGGACAUCAACUUACCACUUAGUUAAUUUUUGGCAGCUGUAAUAAUAACUGGGGUUUCUUUUCAAAGUUCCGACAGUUAGGGGCUUCUCUCUCGAUUUCUCCUUCGUGUUUGAUUCUUCUGCACACAGUCAGUGCAGAUACCAGGACUCAUUUUCCUCCUUCAGAAGAAUCCAUUCGCCGUGUCAGGAUGAAAAACAGCUUUCAGAUUGAGAUAAUCCUUCACAGUGGAAAUGAAACUUUCUUUUUUUUUAAAUGUGAAGACAUGGAAAUCGGUUGGUGAGCUGCAAAAAAUCUACUUGUAUUUGCCAAGUUGGAGGUGUAAAGCCUAGUCCAAAAUACAUAACUUUUACUGCAGUUGUCUUAUCAAGACAAUAAUCCAUCGUCAUGAGUAAUCCGCUUGCUGUACCAUAUUUCUGUCAUAGCGGCAAACAAGAUGGUAUCGAGGAGCAGCUUGUAAACAGGUCUGAGACUAAGAUGAACAAAAUCCAAUGAGGCUAAAGGGCACCAAGGCAAGAAAUUGGAGCGGUACAUAGUCUAUAAUAAUGAAAUUGGCUCUUGUGCCCAAAGAAAACAGCCUUGUCAUUUUCAUUUGUACAACUUUAGAAUAAGAGCAAAUGACUGCAAGUGCAGCAAAUGCAAGAGAUCCUGGAAAAGGCUUCAUUUCAAUCCAUAGGAUCUUCUCUAGGCAAGUAAAAAAAAGUCUGUAGAAGUCCUAGACUAUAAAGAAUACCAGAGGGAUUCAAUUUUAUUUAUAUUGUUCCAAGUCACAACAAGGCGCUUUAUAUGACCCUACAAUAAUACAGAGAAACCCCAACAAUCAGGUGACCCCUAAUGAGCAAACACUUGGCAACAGUGGGAACGAAAAACUCCCUUAACAGCAAUAAACCUUGAGCAGAACAAGGCUCAGGGAGGGGCAGCCAUCUGCCCUGACCCCCAGAAGUCUAAGCCUACUGCAGCGUAACUAAGAGAUGGUUCAGGGUUUAGGUCAUUGUUGGUGAGUUCUUCCACCUUUGCCAUCUUGGCUUCCUUUAAACUAUCAGUGAGGAGUGGAUAUGCCUGUAACCGAAAGAUACUAUACAAUAAGUUCAUAUGGAAUCUUUUCAGUGACAAGGUAUUGUACCAGAACCCAGCAAUUAAAACCAUGAACUCAUAAUUAAAAUGUUCACUGAGCCGAGGGCUGUUUUCAAAGAGAUUUCUGUACAACCAUCAGACGUGUUGCAACAAGAUGACCCACCCCUUGUUUGCCAUUAAAAAAGAAUGCACAUUUAAUGCGCCCAUGCAUUAGCCAACUUUUCAUUUCCAGAAGCUGCAAGCUGCAUCUUUUAAAUCCAGUGUGUGAUUGAAAUGCUAUCCAGUUCAAAUCACAAAUCACCUUGCAACCAUUUGCAUAGCAAUAUGACAACUCAUGGUAAAAUUGGGACAUGUUACAAUUGUUAUAGUCUGCACUGGCUUUAAUAUAUAUUAAAAAAAACUUUUAUGUAAUUUAACUGGUAUUUAAACCAGUUUUAGGUAUGAUCUCGCUUUUUGGAGUUGAGUGCAAUUAUUACAGCAUGUCCUCCUCAGCCACACUGUCCUUGUAUCACCUCUCCUUACACUCUAAACACUCUAAUACCGAAAUUGUCAACUGUGGACAAAGAACACAUAGAGAGGGAAAAAAAGAUGAUGUAAAUGUUAUCUGUACCCAUCAAAAAAAAAAAAAUCAAAGGAAACAACAGCAGAUAAUUGUACAAAGUUUCAGAUUGCUCCGUUGACUGAUUUGAUAUGAACUACGUCUACUAAAAACCACUAUUUGCAAACUGUGUGUAAGCGCUUUUACAUACUGACAAUGUGAUACAACUCUGCAGUUUUUUUUUAGUUCUCAUUGCGUUCAUGAAAAAUGUGUUCAUUUUAGUGGACUACGUUUCUUAUCUCGUGGGAUAGGCUCUGUUUUUGCUUGUAAAUACUGUGUAAAGGGGAAGGUCACUGUAAAGAGAGUAAGACUAUGAGAAUAAUUUUCACUACCACAGCUUCUUUGGAACUGAGCGUUGCAAGCUGAAUAUGAGAGAAGCAACAUUUCUAUUGUUUUUACUAUUUAUUUUUCUAUUCUUGCUCUAACCUGUUUAGUAUUGUAUCCGUCAUAGAUUCAUUCAUUCUUUUCACUGUUUUAGGAUAACACGGUUUUGAUUAGCCUGUGUGUAUAUAUUCUGAUCUCUAACCGGUGUCCCUUACUAAGAGUCGGCAGAGGUGGAAAUCAGAAUCGGAAAUCAGAACCUGCAGAGAUAAGCGUCUUUUCUAGGCGCCAGGACAGGCUGCUCACUGCAUUCAUGAGCCUUUUGUUUUUUCUCCAACAUGUUUGUAUGAUCUGAAGUGAAACAUAACUUCAUGGGAAUCAGACAACAUAGAACUAUGUACACAUGUAAAGAAAAUCAAAAAUCUUGAAAAUGUUCUUGUUUCAGUUUCUGCUAAAAAAAAAAAAAAAAAAAGAAAGAAAGAAAGAAGAAAUGGGGGGGGGCAUUGUGUUUAUCCUUUUAUGUCUGACUUUUUAAAAAAAUAACACAAGUUUAGGACUUUCGAGCUCCUGAUGUGCCACUUCAUGUUUUAUAGUGGACUAUGGCAGAGGAAUCCCCUGGUCUGUUCACUGCUUACUCUUCAGAUCAGAGUGGCCAACCUAAUUGUAUUCAAAGGGUUAAGUGUCAUUUGAAGACUGUGUUGUGAUAAGAAUUUGCUGUAAAAGAAAAAAAAAUUCAGUUCGGUUAAUAAACAUUUUAGUUGUUUACAUUA